AUGCCAUGGCGCUCCAACGACCGGUGUGGCCCGGUUUGGACCACUGAUAGAGCCUUUUUUGUUCAACUGGGUAACGGGGAGUGCCUAGCUUGGGGUGACUCAGACGUUGGUGGCAAAAUCCCAGAUUCGCACAAAGCCAAGCUGGACCAGGGCAUCAAGGCCGCCUGGACCACGGAAGGAGCCGUUCUAGCACAGCUGGACACGGGAGAAUUUCUAGCAUGGGGUGAUGGCGGAAAGGGCGGCGUGCUCUCGGACGAGCACAAGGCCCAGCUGGAGACGGGCGUAAAGUCCGUCUGGACCACGGAGGAGGCUUUCUUGGCACAGCUGGACAGUGGGGACUGUUUGGCAUGGGGAAGGUCGAGUUAUGGUGGUGCUCUUUCAACAGAAGCAAAAGCCCAGCUGCAACGGGGCAUCCAAUCCGUCUGGAGCACGGGUGGUGCCUUCCUGGUGCUCUUGAACACAGGUGAGUGUUUAGCCUGGGGUGGUCGGGGCGGUCGUCUCUCGGACACGGACAAGGCCCAGCUGGAGAAGGGCAUCAAACGGGUCUGGGCCACGCGAUACGCUUUUCUGGCGCAGCUGGUCACCGGGGAGUGCCUCGCAUGGGGCGCUCCCAAAGCUCCUUUGGCUCCUGGCGCGCCGUUGGCACCAGCAGCUCCGAAAGACGAUUGGACAGAACACAAGGAUCCGGUCACGGGCAAGACAUAUUACUACAACAAGAUCACCAAGGAGACGACGUGGGACAAGCCAGCGCCCAAGCUGGCUGCCACCACGCCUCUGGCACCAAAAGCACCUUUGGCUCCAGGUGCACCACCAGCUCCCGAUUUGAAGGAUGAUUGGACAGAGCACAAGGAUCCGGUGACUGGCAAGACCUACUACUACAACAAGAUAACCAAGGAGGCGACCUGGGACAAGCCAGCACCUAAACUUGCCGCUACCACUCCGCUAGCCCCGGCCGCCCCAAGGGCGCCUGGGGCACCCGGGGCACCUCCGGCGCCCGGCGCAAGCGAUUGGACCGAGCACAAGGACCCUGUUACAGGCAAGACGUAUUACUACAACAAGACCACGAAGGAGACCACCUGGGACAAACCCGCGGCUAUGGCAGCUAAGCCUGCCCUCCCGGCCCCACUAGCACCAGCGGGACUGCCCCCAAACUGGGAAGAGCACAAAGAUCCCAGCACAGGCAAGACGUACUAUGGUGGCGAACUCCCAGAUUCGCACAAAGCCAAGCUGGAGCAGGGCAUCAAGGCCGUCUGGACCACAGAGGGAGCUUUUCUAGCACAGCUGAACACGGGAGAGUUUCUGGCCUGGGGUGCCUCGGAGCAUGGCGGCGAUGUGCCAGAUGCGCACUUGGCCAAGCUGGCAACGGGCACCAAGUCCGUGUGGAGCAAUGGUUUUGCCUUCCUGGCGCAACUGGACACAGGGGAGUGCCUAGCAUGGGGUCAUACAUCUUGCGGCGGCAAGCUCUCAGAUGAGGACAAAGCCAAGCUCGAAAAGGGCAUCAAAUCCGUCUGGAGCACGCUCUGGGCCUUCCUGGUGCAACUGCAAACGGGCGAGUGUCUAUGCUUGGGCGGUGGGGAGGGAUUCAGCGGAGACGUGCGGCGAGCCUUGCUGGAGAAGGGCAUCAACUCCGUCUGGACCACGAACCACGCUUUCCUGGCGCAGCUGGGCACCGGCGAGUGCCUGGUCUGGGGUUAUGACGGGUGGGGCGGCGAACCCUCGGACAAGACGAGGGCUCUGCUGAAAGGAGGGCUCCGAAGCUCGGCCUCCGGAGCCGCGCCGGCGGCCUCCGGCUCUCCCCGGGCGGCGGUGAAGUGCCUCCGGGACUUCGACCUGUCGCCCGCGCGGGUGCGCUUUGAGGAGGAUCUCUCCAGGGUCUCCAGCUCGCUCCACCGGGCUUCCGUGAAGCUGAAGGACACCGAGGUGCCAGCCAUCGUCAAGACCGCUCGGCUGGCCGAGCCAGAGAUGGGAAAGAUCAAGGAUCGGCUGCUUUGGAUCAAGAAGGAGGUGCACCACGAGCACCUGGUGAAGAUCCUGGGCCUCUACUGGCUCAAGCCCGGGGUGCUGUGCCUGGCCAUGGAGCCGGCGCCGAGGUGCUUGAGGCGUCUCAUCCGUGAGGAGCCACGGCUGGUGCAGAAGCAGCAGCUGCCCCUGGCCCACGGCAUAGCCUCUGCCAUGGCGCACUUGCAUGGACUCUUGGAGCCUCUGAUCCACCAAGAGCUGAAGCCUGAGAACGUCUUGAUCUUCGAGUCGGGAUCCCGGCUCCUGGCGAAAGUCACGGAUGUGGGCUUCAACAAGGCCAUCUUUGGCCAUGGGCCGCUGACCUACAAAGCGCCCGAGCUCUUCGAUGGGAAGCCUUGCAGCAUGGCUUCGGAUGUCUAUGCUUUUGCCAUCCUCGGCUGGGAGCUCCUCUGUGCACAAGAAGCCUGGGCAGGGUACACAGACUUGUGCAAGCUCAAAGCCAUCUGCGUCGAGAACAAGCGGCCCAGCAUGGACGAGAAGGCUUCGAAGUCGCGUUUGGGCAAGCUCAUUCAGGAGGCUUGGGCGCAAGACCCCGCUCAGCGACCCUCGUUCGAAACGCUCCGCGAGAAGCUCUCGCAGCCGAGCAUCCCCAAGCAGUUGGCCAAGGAAGUGCCGAGCUAUUGGUCGGGACAAGACUUGGACCAAGGCUGGAUCGCUGUCCCUGUGGCUGAAGAGAUGUUUCAGAAGCUCUCAGCCCUUUUCGUCGUCACGCAGCCACGGGAGCUGGGGACCGGCCGCGAUGCGGCAUCCUAUUCUCGGGCUUACAGCAACUUGAAGUUGUUUUGCGCGUGGCGCAUUGAGCACCAGAACCUUUGGGACAAGUAUGUCGCGGAGAGGAACGACGUCGUCCGGCAUUUGCGCCAGCUGGAACGCAGUUCCAUCGAAACUCCCCAGUGGAGGAGCAAGCUGGAGGACGCCACGGUUGGUAUGCCAGACGAGCUCUGCGCCCCCAUUGGCGAGAGAUACUUGCUCCAUGGCACGAAGCCAGAGGUGCUUCUGGACAUUCUGCACCAGGGCUUCAAUGACAAGCUCGCAAGUUUGAGAGGAAUGUUUGGUGCCGGAGCCUACUUUGCCGAAGACCCGGAGAAGAUCGACCACUCGGGAGGAUCCGGGUCACGAGGCACCUGGGCUCGAGCGCUUGCACUCGCGGCUCUACCGCGCGGGUGGUCACCGGCAUCCAGGAGAUCACAUCUUCUACUGCUUCGUGGUUCGGGUGACUUGUGGCGCAUGCUUCCUGAGCCGCGGCUUCAAAGAUUCACUCCGCGACCACGACAGCGACUUCCAAGUCUUCGUCAACGAAGAUCGCCGGGAGCUUUCGGCCGUGCCCGGAUCAGACCCUCGAAUUCCCUACCACACCUUGGUGGUGCAAACGGGGAAGGAGGCCAAGACAAGAAUCGAGCGCUUUCGAGAAGUCAUCUCCUUCAGUGCCAACCGCGCCUAUCCGGAGUACCUGCUGGCAUACCACAGG